UCAUGGGACCACCUUUAGUCCAGCACAGUGCUUUGCCACCCAGGCUGAACAGUAACAGAUUUUGUACGUCAACUUUCAAACCCCAGGAUAGUUCUCAUCGAUUUUAAAGGCAUUUCCAUCAGGGAUCAAUGCAGAUUCUGUGAGAGGGUAACUACCUCUCAGAUCAGGAGAGUGUGGUGCUGAAGAGAGUCGCUGAGCGCUGGAAUAUGAUGCUGUCACACCGUGUUGGACGAGUGUGUCAUGUGCUUGUGCUGGUGUUGUGUCUGUCUGCGGCUGAGGACUUCGACUGGUCAGCGAACAACCACGACUCCUUCUAUUAUGGCACUUUUCCAAAUGGAUUUUCGUGGGGAGCCGGCGGUUCAGCCUAUCAGACAGAAGGAGCCUGGGACAAAGAUGGGAAAGGACUGAGCAUCUGGGAUGUGUUCACUCAUAAGAAGGGAAAGACGUUCUUGAAUGAUACUGGAGACUCUUCGUGUGAUGGAUACUACAAAAUCAAGGAUGACAUUUUGUUGAUGAAAGAGCUGAAUCUGAAUCAUUAUCGGUUCUCCAUCUCCUGGCCCAGGAUCAUGCCAACUGGUAUCAAGUCUGACCAUGUGAAUGAGAAAGGCCUGAAGUAUUAUGAUGUUCUUAUUAAUGAGCUGCUUGAAAAUAGUAUCACUCCCAUUGUGACCCUGUAUCAUUGGGACCUGCCACAGGUUUUGCAAGAGAAAUAUGGUGGAUGGCAGAACAUCAGCAUGAUUCAUUAUUUCAAUGAUUUUGCCAACCUUUGCUUUGAACGAUAUGGGGACCGUGUGAAAUACUGGAUAACUUUUAAUAACCCAUGGUCAGUGGCGGUGGAAGGAUAUGAAACUGGAGAACAUGCUCCAGGACUGAAGCUCGGGGGCAUGGGGGCCUACAGAGCAGCUCACCACAUCAUUAAGGCACAUGCUAAGGUGUGGCACACUUACGAUUCUCAGUGGCGAAGCAAACAAAGAGGUAUGGUGGGUAUUUCACUGUAUGGGGACUGGGGAGAGCCUGUGGACAUCACUAACCAGAAGGACAUUGAGGCUGCUGAGAGAUAUGUGCAGUUUUACAUAGGCUGGUUUGCUACACCCAUCUUCCAUGGAGAUUAUCCUCAAGUGAUGAAGGAUUUCAUAGGGAGGAAAAGCACACAGCAGGGCUUGAGAACGUCUCGCCUUCCCUCCUUUUCCUCUCAGGAGAAGAGUUACAUCAAAGGCACCUGUGACUUCCUAGGCGUGGGACACUUCACGACACGCUACGUCACCCAAAAGAGCUUCCCUUUCAAACAUGGCACCUACUUCUCAGAUCGGGAUAUAGCGGAGCUGGUCGACCCACGUUGGCCUGAUCCUGGUUCAGAGUGGCUUUACUCGGUUCCUUGGGGCUUUCGCCGUCUGCUCAACUUUAUAAAGACUCAAUAUGGGAACCCCAUGAUCUUCAUCACUGAGAACGGGGUCUCAGAAAAGAUGAUGUGCACAGAACUGUGUGAUGACUGGAGGAUUCAGUAUUACAAGGAUUACAUCAAUGAGAUGCUCAAAGCUAUCAGGGAUGGAGUAAAUGUGAAGGGCUACACCGCCUGGUCCCUGCUAGACAAGUUUGAGUGGGAUGAGGGCUACUCAGAGAGGUUCGGCCUGUACUACGUAGACUUCAAGAACAAAAAUAAACCUCGCUACCCCAAAGCCUCUGUUCAGUUCUACAAACGCGUCAUUAAUUCUAAUGGAUUUCCCAAUCAAAGAGAGGUUGAGAACUGGAAGAGGAAAGCUACCGAGACUUGCUCCACCAGCAAUCAGCUCCUGGCUGCAGAGGAACAGCGGAAUACAGCUGCCAAUAUUCUAAGACUUAUUCAUGAUCCUUUAACCAGCCACAUGGAGAUGGUGACUGAGGUUGUGGUUCCCACGGUGUGCACCCUCUGCAUUUUGAUCAGCGCUGUGUUUCUCAUGUUCCUGCUGCGCAAACGCAAUUAGCUCACUUUUUU